AACGGUUAAAUCGAGAGCAAAUCUAGCAAAUAGAAAGCGUUAGGCAGUGUUGAAAAUUGGCGUUUGAAAUGUAGAUGAUGUGUAUAUAGCAUUUUUCGGGCAAUACAAACACUCCAUCAUAAUCCCUAACUCAAGAAUAUUCUUAUAACCUGUACAGCCUGUGUUUUUUUUUAUCUGACAAUUACUGUUUUUGUUUUCAUUUGUGGGAUUACAGCAUGUGUACAAAAUGGCGGUAGGAGGUGAUAAUGGAUAGGUGUUGCUAUUGUUUGUGGUCUCGUCAGUUGCUUUUCUAUGUUUAUACUGGCUCUUUGUAAACAGCCACACCAGUAUUUAUCGUUAAAAGGAAAUGACGGCUUGAAGUAUAUCAUGAAAGUUCAUAUGUGGUAAUUGGAAGGCGGCUUUUGUUAAAUUUGUUGAGAAUCUUUCAAGGUGGUUAAAUUAUUUGCAACAAUGGAAUGGACAGGCUAUGUUCACAUUAUAACCCAUGAUGUAAUAUUUGGGAUGUAGAAAUUGUGCAAAAAGCCACCAUGUCAUGCGGCCCAGAUAAUUACAUGGAGCUGUGUAGACUUUGUGCAUGCUACGAUGCCAUCAAAAUGGAAAUAUUUGGCGAGGAAGGGAGGGAAAGAAAUUUGGUUGACAAAAUACAAACAUGUCUCCCAUUACAGGUAUCAGAAAGUGAUAACCUGCCUAAGUCAUUGUGCUACAGAUGUAUGUACAACCUGGAAAAUUUCUAUGACUUCCGGAAGAGAAGUGUCAAUGCAGUUGCUUUGCUGGAGAGCUGUAUUGGACAAUCAGAGAAGAGGAGUCAAGUGGAUGGAGAGCUGAAAGAGCAGUUCGAGCUGCUUCGUAGCCAGUUGCGGAAGAUUAAGAAUGAAGGUGAAACACAGGAGAAAGACGUACCAAUGCCUCACCUUGAGCCUCAGUUCCCUGUUCCAACAAAGAGUCCUGAAAAACGACAGGAUACUGGGACAGAACCGAAAUGUAGUGAAGCACUGAGCCCUACCAGUGUGCACUCAGAUUACCACCCACCAUCUGAUGAAGUUAUAGCCAUGGAGCAUGUUGAGGACAGUGACAAGGAUCAUUCCAUGGAUACUGAGACAGUAGAUGAUACCAGUGGCAGAAGAAAGGAUGCUGUUAGGUCUGAUGGGCACAAUAUAGGAGAGGGGGAAGAGGAACUAACCAGACAGGAAACGCUUCACACUUGCAGUAUUUGUAAUAAGGCCUUCUCUAGUAAAGGACAUCUUGCACUUCAUAACAAAAUCCACAUGAAGGAAGGUGUGGAAGAAAACCAUUGUCAGAGCAACAGUCCUGUGGACAAAUCAGUGGACCUUAACUGGAAGAGUGGUUACUAUCGUCCUUAUCGUUGCGAUCUAUGUAAUAAGUCAUAUUCAACUGCAAAGCACCGUUGGGGACAUGUCAGCGUAUGUCACCGUGGUAAUCCUCUUGUAACGUGCCCCAUAUGUGCAAGGGUCUUUUCUACAUGUUUCAACCUUGGUGAACAUAAGAGAACAAAGCAUGGCUUAGAGGAAGGAGAAAUUGUUGAUAUAAAUGAUGGUGAUGAUGCUUCAGUAAGUGUUGCCGACUCCCCAAAGCAUGGCGCUUCAUUAGUGCAGCAUUCUAUUGAUAACAAAAAUUCAUAUUCAGUUACUGCAGACAACUUCCAAAAAUUAGCAGGUAACUUCCAGAGUGUCCAGAAUACAACCAGAAAGUCAGUGAACAAUUCUGGAAUCCUACAUACAUGUAAGCAGUGUGUUAAAGUUUUCAAAACAGAAGAAGAGUUGGAAAGGCAUUCUCAGUGUCACACAAGAAGAGUGUCCUCAGACAGCAGCAGUCAGAGUUCAAACUCAGAUAUCAGCAGGAAAUCUGAAUUUGCAAAGAGCCUCAAAAUCGGGAAGAAGCCUGAGUCAACUAAAGGUUCGGAAACUGUUAGAAGGGUAGAUCUAAAGGCAAUACCAGGAAUGAAUAAUGAAACAAGUUUGUUGAAACAAACACUGUUACAAAAUCGGGAGUGUACUGAGAUUAGAUCAAGGAAAAGAAGCCCCUCAUUGGAUAUUAGUAUGGAUGAUAUAAAGAUUAAAAAACGAGUAGGUUCAUCAGCCGAGACAAGAAGUAACAGUGGCAGUCGGCGUAAGAGUUCAAAACCUCGAAAGAUAGCAAGGAAUGACGAAGAUAAUGAUGACUUUGAUCAGGAUCAAAAAGAUGUGAAUAUUUAUGCUUGUGAUAAUUGUCCCCAAGUUUUCCAAACAUUACCAGAACUGCAAGAGCAUAGGAAUAACCAUGAUGUUGAAGAGGAAACAUAUGGAGGAAGUGUGGGUAACACAAAACCAUUUACAUGUCUCCUUUGUGAAAAAGAUUUCACUUUACGUUCAUCUCUUAGCCGACAUUUUAAUGCCUGCCAUGGUAUAGAUCCUUCAGACCUUGUGGAUAUUUCAAAGUAUCAGCGAACACCUCAGAAGAAGCAGGACACUUGCAGUUUGGUUUCAAGUGGAAAUAGCCAGUCCACGUCCAGGAAGUUUGAUGGGCAACAAAAGAGUGUUCUUAGUCAGAAGUCUAGUAAUCAGAACACCGUCGAAGAUGUAAUAGAGGUAGAUGAUGAUGGUACAUUGCUUACAGAGAGACCUCCUGAAACACAAUCUUGCUUUAUGUGUGAGGUAUGUACAAGAGAAUUUGGUGACCGUGCUAGUCUUUGGCUACACCUGCGAUACACACACAAAGAAUAUGCAGCUUAUGCAUGUGGUAUUUGUCUUAAGAUCUGUGAGAAUAACACUCAGCUUUACCAACAUUGGAAAACUUCCCAUCCUCCUACUCAUAAUUCAACAGAACAGCGCCGGUAUUGUUGUCAGGUGUGUGGUCGACAGCAUGAUUGUCGAAAGAAGUUACUUACACAUGUGACUGUUCAUAACCUUGACAAUGGUGCUGGUGGAGUUUAUGAUCCUGAAAUGCUUGUUACACUUAAUACUGGAUUUUAUAAAUUUGAGAAUCAUGAUGAAGAUCUAGUUACAAAUGAGUACAAACCUGGCUCAGAACAGGAAGUAUUGGCUGACAGUAAUGGUGGUGAAUAUACAAGUGGAAGAAUCGCCAAAGAAGGUUCUUCUUUUGGCUGUGAGUUGUGUUACAAAUCAUUCCCAACAGAGGAUGGAUUGGUGAAGCACAAGAAAGGUGCUCAUAAAGCGAAUUCCAACACUGAUGCAGCUGUUCCAAACAGUUCCAGAGGGUCCUAUCAACUUUACUUUGUUUGUGAAUUGUGUGGAAGCUCUCACAGAAGCAAAUCAGAAAGAUGGAGGCAUGUUUUUAGGACACAUAAUGGUGAAUCUGCUUUAACUUGUGAUGAACAAGGAUGUGGAAAAGUGUUUCCUACGCGUUCUUUAAAACAAGAACAUUGCACUAAUCAUCACCGACUACAGGGCACAACACCAAAUGUUUGUGAAAUCUGUGGAAAGCUAUGGGGCACCCGUGUUGAUUUCUGGAAGCACUUAAUGGGUGUACACCCAGAUUGUGUACCACUGACAUGUGGGGUAUGUCUUAAGAUGUUUUGCACUGUUCCUGAUCUUCAGGCUCAUGUUCAUUCAACCCACAUGCCACUAACUGCUGGGGACUUCUGUUGUGACAUCUGUGGUCGCCCAUAUUCUAACAGAUCAAAACUUUCAAGGCAUCGCAGAAUACAUUUGAUAGACAUUCGCAAUGAUGUCCCUCAAGUUCCACUUCUUAAAAGACCAUUCUCCUUGCCAAUAAACAUUCCUGAAAAAAGUAGGCAUGGAAUUCCCUUCAGUGUACCAUCUGUAGGAACAUCCAAAAAAUUUAUGACAGCAGUGAACACUUUCACAAAAUCUGUGGGUACGUCAGUUCCAGCUCAAUCAAAUGCCCUUUCAAAGCCUAGUAAAAUUCCAGGCUUGUCUCCAGAAGUGAAAGCAAUGGCUCCGAAACCUCAGCCAAUGCUAUUUUGUGAUGUGUGUCCUGAGAUGACAUUUCAGUCUGUAGCCCAGUUGGCAAACCACCGUCGCAGAAUUCACUCUCUUCAUGCAUGUGACCUGUGUUCAAAAUUUUAUGGUAGAACAUCUGAUCUCUGGAAGCAUGUCAAGAGAGUUCAUAACAAUCAUCCAGAAUUGACAUGUCAUAUCUGUAAACGAAUUUCAGCAAGCAAAGCUCAUCUAGAAAAUCAUGUCUCUACAAAACAUUGUCCCAAGAAUCCAAAUCCUUGUACUAAACUACCUUUAUCUAAUCUGUAUUUCAGUGCUGGGAAAAUUGUGAAAAUCCCAACACUCUAUCCAUGUCAUAAAUGCUCAAAACGAUUCUGGAAAUCCCAUCUCCUUAAAAAACACCAGCGGCAUUGCUUGCGUGCAGCUAAACCUAAACCACUGAAACUUACAAAAUUAAAAUCAGAUUCUUCUGCUUCCACACAGGAUCUAACUUGUGACAUGUGCUCUAGGACCUACCAAACCCCAUCACGACUAAAGGAGCACCAGAAAGUAUCUCAUGCUCCACAGCACUGUGAACUCUGUCUUGAUGUCUUCUUUACAUCAAAAGCAGAUCUGUUUGCUCACAUUAAGGAAAAUCAUGACAGUCACCCCAACUUCUGCUGCUCCAUUCCAAACUGUUCAAGAACAAUGAGGUCAAAGGCUGAUCUUGCCAUGCAUCAUCGACAACAUAAGUCUGUUAAAUAUCCUCCGACAUGCUACCUCUGUGGAGAGGUAUAUUUAAACAAAAUGAGGCUGUGGAAUCACCUUAAUACAUCACAACACAAGGCUGCCAUUCCUCUUAUAUGUGGUGUUUGUUUCAAAUAUUUCCCAUCAACUGAAGAACUUAUUCAGCAUGUAGAGAGCCUCCAUCCAAGAGCUUUGGAAGCUCCAGACACUUGCAGGAUAUGUGCCAAGACUUAUUCCAGUGUGUACAAAGUAAUGAAUCAUUUUACAAAAUGCCACCCAGAAUAUUAUGCUUGUAAGGAAUGUCUCCAGGUAUUCAAAAGCAAGACGGAAUUACAAGAGCAUAGUGAAAAGGGACACGUCAAAGUAGUUGAAUUUGAAGGAGAGAGUAUAAUAGGUGGUGAUGAUGAUGAUGAAGGUGGAGAGAAAGUAGAGGGAAACUUGAGAGAAAUAUCAGGGAAGGAGAAUGUUACUGACACUUCGGAGGAUGGAGUUGUAAUUAAAAAUGACCACUUGUCUUGUGAGUUCUGCAGAGAAAUCUUUCCAACCUCUGCUGAACUGGUGGAACACACAGAAGCAAAACAUCAUACUCAUGUGGAGUGUCUCAAUUCAAAUUCAGGCACUGAAGAAGAAUCAGUAAACAUUCCAGAGUAUGAUGCAGAACAUAAUACAGUUGCCAAGAGACCAAGGCGUUCGUACAAUUGUGAGAAAUGUUAUAUUUCCUUCCGUUCACCGUCAGAUCUUGCAGACCACAAAAAUUUGAAGCACGUUUCAUCACUUUCAGAUACAAAGCCUUACCAUUGUGGUCUGUGUGACAGACAUUUCACUAAUAAAUCAUCAUACUGGAAGCACAUAAAUUCUCCUGCCCAUCUGGCCAAACGAGUACAACAGAAAUUCAUCACAGCAACAGCAGCAUCACAAGGGAAUCUUAUGACUGGAAGUGAACAGUCAUAUAAUUUGAAUUUCCAUGAAAGCACAGGAAAUAAUUCUAGUGCAAAAGCACAAAACCAGGGAAGUUGUGAUUCUGAAGUACCUUUUGUGUACAUACCAGAAUCCAGUCUGAAAGAUAAUGUUAUAUAUGAAGUUAAGACUGAAGUCAGUUGCAUUUCCAAUGCCAGUAUGCCUGGGAAGGGAAGUGAUAGCAAAGAUAAGAAGAAUGACAAUGAAGGAAAUGUCAGAUCUGAGAAUGUAGAGUACAGUGGCAAGCAUGGAAUCUCUUACAGUCAGACCAGCGAUGUAUCUUGCAAUGUUAAACUGAUUCGCCGAAAAUCAGAAGUCCGUAGAGUUUACAGUGAUGGCUCUCACUCAAAAUCCCCUUGCUACUGUCAGCUCUGUGGGAAGGAGUGGCCGGCCCUGAGACAUCUUUGGCAACAUCUCAUUCGUAACCAUCGACGAGAGGCUGCAGUAACUUGUGGGGUGUGCCUUAAUUUUUGCCAUGAUUAUCCAAACCUUGCCUCUCAUCUAAGUUCACAUCACCCUGACAAUUUCACUGGUGAAGGCAACAAUUUCACAUGCCGCAUAUGUGGUCGUUAUCACAAUGCCCGAUCUAAACUCAUUCAGCAUGCAACUAUACAUAUUGUCUUAGGUCCAAAACCAGAACAUCAGCCACAAUCAAAUCUUCACAAUUGUCAUACAUGUUUCAGAUCUUUCAUCAGUGAACAGAAUCUCUUUGAUCAUGAAAAAACCCAUCAAUCUUCAAAUAAUAUCCAGAAUGAGAAACUGCAAUACACGUGUGAAGUGUGUUACAAAGUUUGUGGUAAUGUAGGUGCCCUUGUGACGCACCGAAAGAGUCAUAAAGUGAAUGCAGAUGAUCUUUUUGCAAGAGAUGAUUUGGUAGACAUGGAAACAGAGGAAGUAGAACAUAAUAUCACCAGUAGUCAAGGCUCUGAGAGUGAACAGCUCUAUAGCUGUGACAUCUGCCUGAAGGUUUUCAAAAAUGAGUUACUUUUCUUUGAACAUAAACAAAUCCAUGUCAGGUCCUUAAAAAGAAAGAAUAUAAUAGCAUCACAUAGCAUGAAAUCACAAAUUCAAAAGCAAAAUUUAUACAUCUGUGACAUUUGUACUUUGGUUUUUGAGACAGAAACAAGUUUCACAGCCCAUUCUCAAAGCCACAACUUGUCAUCUCAACCUACACACCCAGUUUCAAAAGCACAGCAUUCAUCUUCCAGUAAUCUCAGGCAGGAUAUUCAGGGCUCCAUUACUAUUGGACCACAAGGACUGGCCGCUUCUAAGGAUAAAUUUUCUUGUGCCAUCUGUCAAACCAUAUUUCAUAACUCAGCUGUUCUGUCUACACACUUGAAGGUUUUCCACAGUAAACACUUCACCUGUAGCAACUGCAAAAAGAACACGUUUACAUCUUAUGUAAACCUUACCAAACAUUUUCGUAUCUGCCAUCUUAAAAAGGCGCAACCACGCAGCUUUCAGGCUAACAUCCAGCUGCUGAAGAAAUUGAAGGAACAUUCAGAUGAUAAUUUGAUUUUGUCAGUGGACAGACAAGAAUCUUUCUUUAAUAAACAGUCAGCAAAUGAAGUCAAAGAUUUGAACCUUCUUGGGGAAAAUCAAAAUAAUGAGCCCCAUUCCAAUAUUUUAGGAGAGUUGGAAAAGGCGAAACAUAUUAUAACAUCUCAGACUUUGGAUAAAGGCACAAUUAUAGAAUCCACAAGAAAUGAUUUUGGGAAUUAUAGUUUUGAGAGAUCUCCGACAGAAAGAAAUAAUAUGGAAGAAUCUAGUGUCGUUAAUGCAGAAUCUCCUUCCAUCUCUGAGUAUACUGACUUCAUUAUAGAUUCUGAACUUAAAGACAAUGACUAUAGAGAUGGCAGUGAAACACAGGAAAGAUCUCAGAAUAAAAUAAACCAUAUUGAACCAGGUGGAAGUAUGCAUAAUUUUCAGAAUAAUAAAAGAUCGCUUAUUGAGAGUUUUGAGCAGAAUGAGAGGGCUCUAUUUCAUGACUCAACUACAGAAGAAAAAACUCAUGAUAAUAUUAUGGGAGGUAAUAUAGAACGGAAUGAUCCAGAGAUCCAAAAUGGCAGAGAAGAUCAAUUUGUGUGUGAUGCAGAAAUUAAUUUUAGAUUAGAGGAUGAAAUGACAGAUUAUUUAAUGAAGGCAGAAGAUUGCUUAGAUGUUGCAAUGACAAAAGUAUCAGGUACCACAGCAAAACAUUCAGAACAGUUAAGAGAAUUAGACUUUCCGAGUCACUCUCCAGAAGCACCAAUGAUGGAGGAACAAACACAAGAUACAUCAGUAACAGGACAACCUAGCUGUCUCGAAUCAAAAUUUUGUGAUGAAAUCAUAGGUAAAUAUGUUGUUCAGAACUCACCAACAUGUACAGGUGUUUUGCAGGAAUUGCCUAUACAUGUUACAGGAAACACAGACAAACCUAAUGGCAAUGAUCUGGGACAUUCCAUAAUGGCAGAAAUAGUGGAUAAUGAAAUUUUAAGUGCAGAUGCUUGUGAUUUCUCAGAAAGCAAUCUGACUUCAGCAUCUGGCCCACUGUCAGCCAGUGAUGAAAGUAGGCAGAAAUAUGUGUUGGAUCCUCUUCCUGUUCAUAAAGAUGAUUUAAAGAAAGACAAGGAUUGUUUAUAUUCAUUAGAAGAUGCUUUAGAUGAACUUGUGGCCCAAAAUACUGAAUGAGAAAAGUGAUGGUGAAUUUAUUUUAUAUUGCUUUAAACUUGAGGUCCAGAAUACUGAGUAAGAAAAGUGAUUGCUGAUUUUUAUUUUGCAAUUUACAUUGGCUUUAAACUAUACUCAUCUGAGGAUGUAAGUUAAUGUUCUUUGUAUGUAAAGUUAUUGAUAGUUCCAUACUGAAGCAUGACAUCUAAUUUUAGGGUUAUAGAAACAGAAUAUUUGCAUUGACAUUUAAGAUGUGAGAACUAAUAGAGAGUAUUUUCUUUUUAUAAAGCUGUUGGUACCAGCUAGGUCAUAAUUACAUUUUGUAUUACUCAGUCAUUGAUUACCCUGAUGAUACUUUUUUUUUUUAAACUGUUAACACAUUGUGUUGGCAUUAAAAUGACCUGGUGUGCCAUUUUUUCUGGUAUGUGUAUAUGUCAAUGCAUAUUAAUAUUUAUUUUCCAGGACCAAAAUUUUGGGAUUCAGAAAUCAGUUUCAUUUUUUGUGACAGCUUGAAUAGGUUAAGUUAUUUGAAAACGGCGAGUAAUACUCGAUAUUCCAAUGCAAGAGUUAAGUCAGAAAAUUAUUUAAAAAGAAUUCUACAGCUAGGUGAGAAUGUGCUAUGGAGUAGGCCCUAAAUGCAAGAAUACAUGACAGUUAAUAGUAACAUAGGUUGUACAUGUUAAAACCAUUGUUGGCACUUCUAUUCAUGGUAAGUAGUGUGCACAGGUACAACAACCUGAAAUAAUAAUUGUCUUGGCUUGUAGAUGUUAUACAACUUUGCAUCUGUUAAGUUCCUCUUAACUAGAAAGAUGUUUGGUUUUCCAUCUGGGUGACAGUCUAAUGUAUAUAUUUUAAUAAGUUAACCUUUCCUACAGUAGCUUCAUUUUCCAGUUGAGGUGAUCAGAUGAAAUUGUUUUAAUAAUGUUUGAUAGAAAGUUUUGUAUUAAAAAUUUGUUCAAUUUGCAUGUAAACUGGCAAAUGGAAAAAAUUAAGAGUGUAUGGACAUGGGCGUUAUUCUGGCCUCAACAUGAGACUGAGAUGUAGACGUCCCUUUGACAGAAUUGGACAGGAUUAAACUUCAACCACAGUUUGAAGGGGGCAGAGGGUGUAACAUAAAGAAGUCAGAAGAAUACUGUUACUGUCUUCUGUGAUGUAACACCAUGUUUCAGAGGAGUGUACUGCCUCCGUCAGGGUCAGAGAGUAAUAAGCCAAGGAAGAAACCAACAAGAAGCAGUCUCCAAGCACAGCAAGCGGCAUGCAGGAACCCAGGGGAUGACAAUAGGCUAGUAGAUUAUUCACAGAGCCAGUCGGAACAUACCUCAGUGGCUUCUGCAGACUACAUGGUGUUAUAUGACAGAAGACAGAACUCUUAGUAGUUAUUGCUAUGAGAAACUCAAAUCCAAAAUUUAGAAGUUAAGUUGUGGAACACUGAUAGUAUUGAUAAACAAUUUGCUGAAAUAUGUGUGAGUGUAUGUCAUCCCUCAUUGAUGUCAAGGGUUUAUAACCAAGGUUUGAACAGAGGAAAAGAAAAAUACUUGACAAUUGCAAGUACAAACUUUUUUUUAUUUCUAUCUUUUUACUGGUAAUAUUACAUUCAAGCAGCAUGUACAUGAAGCAGGAAGAUCUGUUGUUUUAGUAAAGUGCUUAUUAAAGGCAAAGCGAGUACUUUUUUUUGCAUUAUUUCCAAAUUUGCUCUUCUAUCAUCUGCAGGGAGAUUAUCUGAGUCUGCUGUGAAAUAUGUGGUUUGUUCAGCAGGAAGUGAUGAUGCAUUUGGACUCAUGGUGCAGUCAGGAGGCCAAUAGCCUGUCAUCACUGGCCUGACAGCCAUGUGAGACCCCUGGUCUUCUUUAAGCGUUGCCCCUGUAAAUCUCUGUAGCUUUAUUGAAGUAAGCUUAUGUGAUAUGUGCCUCUCAACUGAUCCCAAGUUCCUGCUACUGUAGUAAAUAAUCAGACAUGUUAUUGUGUGUAAAUGGAAUAUGAGCGUUGCACAUUGAAAUGAAUGUUCAUGCACAGUAGCCAUAAUGUGAAAAGGAGAACAUUCCAGUAUAAAUACUGGGAUGUUACCAAGAAUAAUAAAAAAAAAAACAUAUUCAUCCAAAUAAAUUUAGACAGGCUCAUUACUGGAUAAAAACUGAAACAAAAUGGUGAAUGCUGUGCUCAAGAAAAUUCUGAUGAAAUCUUUGCUGAGCUUGUACAUUUCCUCACAGAAUCCCUUAGAUAUCUUUACAGGAGACCAGGGUUUCACAUUUGCUGUUUCUUGGAGUAUCUUCAGCACUUUAGUGUGAACAUUCUAUGAAUAUUUAUGUAAUGCAUUUCUUGCAGCAAGACCAUUUCUGGCUUCUUUUGUGAUCUGGUUGGGUUCUGUUUGUGAUUUGUAGCUCUAAGUGGCUUGUUGAUUGUGCUGCAGGUUCAAACAUGUGGAAAGAGUUGAUGUGAGGAUCUCAGAUAACUUCCCUGUACAAUUCAAGUGACAUCUCAGGUGAUCAGCCAUGUCAGUAUUAAAUGAAUUUCUAUGAAAACUGUUUAUACUUCCGUAAUCAGAGGCCGAUUUGAUGGGUCACACAUUUGUCAGUCCCUAAUUAUAAAGGCACAGACAGUCUCUGAAAUAGAACUUUAUUCCAUAUUGGCAUAGCUGAUUGUCCAAGAAGACUUUAUUUCAUUCAUUAGCUGCGAAAGCGUAUGUUAUUAUUUGUAUAAUUGAUUUCAGUCUGUAUUCCAUGUAGGAUAGAGCCUUAUAUGGUGUAGGGGGUAAGAAUAAUUAAAUUUAUGCAUCUAAAUAAAAAGGUAAUUUUCUUUA